AUGCGCUCCGACCCCUUCGCCACCAGCACAAGCUACUGCCAGACCUGCUCCUCGCAGCGUCUCGACUCUGCCUUUUUUCCCGCAUGCUGCGGCGUGCCCAUCUGCGCGACAUGCGUAGCGCGGAACCCCCGGUUGAAGGAAUACGUGCCGUGUCUGCGGUGCGGCGACGUGCGCACGCGGGACGGCGCGGCGGCCGUGCAGGCUGGCGCGGACGCGAGGCGGGCAAGGGCGGCGAAAGAGGACAGCGAGCGGUUCGUGUUGGGGGAUAGUGAUGAGGAGGGGUGUGGGGACGAGGAGGACGGGGAGGGUGAGGGGGAGGAAGAGGAAGAGGAAGGGGGGGAGGGAAAGGGGGACGGUGGCGACACCGGGGGUGAUGGGAACGGGGCUGCGGCCGCCGCCGGUGGCGACAAUGGCGAAAAGGACGACCUCGUCGAGGUGGAAGUCAAGCACACGCUGGUGCGCGGGGACACGCUCCUGUCCGUCGCGAGGAAGUAUGCCGCCGACCCGCACCACCUACUGGCGCUCAACGGCCUCCCGCACGCGGCACUGUACGCCAACCCGGCCCUGCUCCGCACACGGCGGUACGUGGUGAUUGCACGGCGCCGCGUGCCGGCCUCUCAGGCGGCACAGCAAGACAAAGACACGGCACUAGACGCGCUCCAGUCGAACAACGGUGAGGAUGAUCCAGGCCGACGCGCCGCGCGGGCGCUCAAGCGGUUCCAGCUCGUCAGUAAGGAGGCCGAUAAGGGGGUCGGGAGGGCGUACCUCGCUCUCAACAAUGACAACGACGGUGGUGGCGGCCCUAGCCACAACGACACGCAAUGUGAUGACGAGGACCGCGGCGAGAAGGGAGGCGACACCCUCCCCCGUGCGUGUGGCGACUCGCUCAGCGAGAAGAAGGGCAGCCAGUCGUCUGCAAGCGCGGCCGAGCGCGCUCUGGAGCACUUCUUCGACGAUGACGAGUGGGCCGCCAAUGCGCCCGAGCCCGCGCGCGGCCUCAGUGGCAGGUGGAAGGUCGUCGCGCCCGUGUUGCCAGCGGCCAUGAAGACGUGA